CAGCUCAUGCUUGACAGGCAGCUCCUGAAGUCUUUCUGCAAGGAUAAAUCAUUGGAAGAGCCUACAAAACCUACUUUGAGCAUGCAGGGACUGUGUGUACUGAUGAUCCUCACCUUUUGUGGGUCAGCUCUGAGUAACCUCUUGAAGAAGCAGCAGGUAGAUUUUGGACUACGUGUGUUUUCAGAAGCUGCCCAAUCUCAUCCACAUCAAAAUCUCAUUCUGUCACCCUAUGGCAUCUCCUCAAUGCUGGGGAUGGCUCAGCUGGGAGCCAGUGGUGCCACUUUGCAGACUCUCAAACAACACCUGGGCUACUCUCUGCAAGCUCGUGGAAUGCCACGUCAACAGAGGCUACUUCAAAGAGACUUGGCCAGUGAAGAAGGACUGGAAUUGGCGAGUGCCAUAAUGGUGGACAGGAAGGUACUCUUGGAGAAGGUCUUCCGGCGUGGCCUAUUAAAGGCAUUUCAGAGUGUGCCACACCAGGUGGACUUCAGUCAUCCUGACACUGCCCUGGAGAUCAUCAACUCCUGGAUGUCAGACAACACUGGAGGCAUGAUCCCAAAUUUCCUAGAAUCUGGAGCGCUGAGUGACCAGACACGUUUGGUGCUGUUGAACGCCCUCCACUUCCAUAGGCUAUGGAAGAACCCUUUUGACCCUAGGCUGACUGCAGAGGCGACCUUCCACACAUCUAAUGGCAGUGCAGUGUCAGUGUCAAUGAUGAGAUCAACACAGAAGUUCAACUAUGGUGAGUUUGUUACAAAGGACGGCAUUGAAUAUGAUGUUAUUGAGGUGCCAUACGAGGGGGACUCACUGAGCAUGCUCAUCAUAUCCUCAUUCGAAUGGGAUGUACCAGUUUCUGCCCUAGCCAAAGAGCUUAGCAGCAACAAAAUCCAGGAAUGGAGAGGACAAUUUAGGAAGGUUAACCGAGAGCUGGUGAUUCCCAGGUUUUCCUUAGAAACAGAAGUCGAUCUGAAAUCAGCACUAAGCAAACUGGGUCUUGGCGACAUAUUCAGUCAGACCAAUGCUGAUUUCUCCCAGAUUACUACUGAAGAGCCACUGUAUGUAUCCAAGAUUUUACAGAGAGUAAAGGUUGAGGUGAAUGAAGAGGGAACCAAAGGAUCUUCUGCUGGAGGUGUCAUCAUCUACUCUCGCAUGGCCAUAGCAGAGCAUAUUUUGAACCGUCCAUUCCUCUUCCUCAUACAGCACAAGCCAACAGGUGCUGUGCUAUUCAUGGGUCAAGUGAACCAACCUCAGAAUCAUUAGCAAUCCCGGAAGCACAAAGACUAAGAAGAUUAUUGUCAUUGUCUCCAAACAAAUUACUACUGAGUCAGUGCAGGUUUUGGGAACAAGAUAAAGAAUCAAUAAUUUUGAAUUCACUAGAAAGUGUACUUUGGAAAAUAGGCCUCCAAACAAAUGGGUCAAUAAGUCUGAAGAUUUCCUACAUUUAAGUGCUUUGUUUGACUGAAAAGUCUCUCAUCACUAACUGGACAUUAAGUUAGAACUGUAUUUAUUAUAAUAAUAAUAAUUAU